CUCACCUCAAUUACUUAAAUGGGUCUCAUAUAUGGACUGUGCUCUCACCUUUUGAAGUUAAACAACUCAUUUUCGCAAUAUUUUCUUUUCGUUGUACAAUGGCAACGGUUAUGGACAGGAAGACCAGUUUUGCGGUGGUCCUUGUGCAUUGCUAUCUUUCCUUCGCUACUAUCAUAUGCAUGUUUACAUAUGUUCGUGGAAAUCCAAAUGUGCUUUGCGGAGAAAGAGAAAGAGAAGCCCUCCUCACCUUCAAACAAGGUAUCAUAGACCGUUCGAACCAGCUCUCAUCUUGGAUUGGCCACGAGUGUUGUGUGUGGAAAGGAAUUGGUUGUGACAACAUAACUGGGCAUGUCAUCCAUCUAAAUCUUAGAAAUCCAUAUGAUGAAGUUACAGCACCUGAAGCUUUUAGCCAGUCACAAUUGGGUGGGGUGAUAAGUGAUUCUCUCUUGGAAUUAAAGCAUCUUCGCCAUCUGGACCUAAGUGAGAAUCAUUUUGCAGAUUCCCAUAUUCCAAGCUUCUUUGGUUACCUUGGGAAUUUAAGAUAUCUAAAUUUAUCUUGUGCGGGUUUCGUGGGUACAAUUCCUCAUCAGCUGGCAAAUCUCUCCAACUUGCAUUUUCUUGGCAUUAAAGGUUUCCUCCACGUUGAUAACCUUGAAUGGUUAUCUCAUCUUUCUUUGUUGGAAGUCCUCGACAUGAGUUUCGUCAAUCUCAGUAAAGCAUCUAACUGGUUACAGGUGAUGAACUUGCUCCCUUCUCUAUCACAAUUACUCUUGUCUAGUUGUGAACUUGAUAAGUAUGAUCCUAUUCCUUCUGUUAAUUUUUCAUCUCUCUCUGUGCUUGAUCUUUCAGUCAAUUACAACCUCUCUUCCACAAUACUUAACUUGUUAUGCAAUAUAAGUUCUCUUGAAAGACUUAAUCUUGCAUAUAUUAACAUUCAAGGUGUACUUCCUAGUGCCAUUGGAUCCCUUUCCCAACUGAUAUAUCUUGACCUGUCAAACAAUGGCCUUGAAGGAAAAUUGCCAAGAUCCUUGGGAAAUUUGUGUAAUCUGCAACAUUUGGAUUUAUCUCACAACAAACUUGGGGGAGGUGUGUAUGAACUCUUGGGAAAUUCUUCUGCAUGCACAGUAAAAAAUAUGGAGUUUUUAGAUUUGUCUUGGAAUCGACUUUUAGAUACUUUCCCUGAUCAAUUGGGAAAGAAUAAAAAACUGUCUCUUCUUUUUCUUGACUCCAACAUGCUUUUUGGUCCGAUUCCCGUGUCUAUAGAAAAUCUAUCUUCAUUGAGGAUACUUUCUGUCUCUCACAAUAAAUUAAAUGGAACAAUUCCUGUAAGUCUUGGACAUCUUUCAAAUCUUGAAGAGUUAUACAUCUCUGACAAUUUUUUGGAGAGUUUUGUUUCUGACGUGCAUUUUUCCAACCUAACAAAUUUGAAAACACUUGAAGCCUCUUCAAACUUGUUGACUUUGCAAGUAAGUUUUAAUUGGGUUCCUCCUUUUCAACUUCAAAUUUUAGAGAUGGAAUCAUGGACACUAGGGUCACGAUUUCCUGCAUGGCUUCAAUCACAAAAAGAUCUUCAAGUUUUAAAUUUGUCUAAUACAAGCAUUUCAGGUGUUAUCCCUUCUUGGUUUUGGAGCCUCUGUUCCCAAUUUCUUGUUCUGGAUCUUUCUCAUAACCAAAUUCGUGGCAGUAUUCCAAGUUUAUCUUGUGGAGGAUCAAUCUUUCUUGGUUCAAACAACUUCUUUGGCCCUCUCCCCCAUAUCUCUUCUAGCAUUCAGGGUUUAGAUCUUUCCAAUAACUCAUUUCGUGGAUCUCUUUCUCCCUUCGUUUGUGAACAGAAUGAUAUAAUGAGAGAUCUGCAGUUUCUUGAUCUUUCAAAAAAUCUUUUGUCCGGAGAAGUUCCUGAUUGUUGGAUGAACUAUUCUCAAUUAAUAGUGCUAAACUUGGGGAGCAAUAAUCUAACAGGAAAUAUACCGAGUUCCUUAGGUUCUCUCUCUAUGCUUGAGUUUCUAACCUUGAACAAAAACAAUCUGUCUGGACAUUUACCAUUGUCCCUGCAAAAUUGCAAAUUCCUAAAGAUUGUAGAUCUAAGAGAGAAUCAUUUGUCUGGUAGCUUAUCCAUUUGGUCGGGAAAUAGUUCAGCCUAUCUGAGGGUUCUCGUGCUUCGCUCAAACAAGUUUUAUGGCAGUAUUCCUCAUGAGUUCUGUCACCUUAAAUCGCUUCAAAUCAUGGAUCUGGCACAAAACAAAUUCACAGGACCCAUUCCGCGAUGCUUUGGUAAUUUGAGCACCAUGGUGGGAAACCCUGAUAUUAUCGAUGAGGGCAAUUUUCCCUUAAUAGAGGCACGAUAUGGAGAACCAGUAUUGUUGGUAACAAAGGGAAUAGAGUAUGAGUAUAGAGAGACACUUGCUCUCGUCACAAGCAUGGACCUCUCGAGCAACAAUUUGAUCGGAGAAAUCCCGGAUGAACUUACAAGUCUUUACGCCCUACGAUUUUUGAACUUGUCCAAUAAUCAACUUCAUGGAAAGAUUCCUGAGAAGAUCAAUGCCAUGAAAUUAUUGGAGUCUCUUGAUGUCUCGAUGAAUCAACUCACAGGUGCAAUACCUCAAAGCAUGGCAAGUUUAACAUUCUUGAGUCAUCUAAACUUAUCAUACAACAACUUCUCUGGUAGAAUUCCCUCCAGCACACAGCUUCAGAGCUUUAGUGCACUCUGUUUCAUUGGGAACGACCAUGAUCUUUGUGGACCUCCACUUACUUCUAGCUGCGUUGGAGAUGGCCCAUCCCUUGACACAACACCAAAUGCUGACGAUGAAGGCAGAGAGGACAGUGGCUGGAUCGACUUGAAGUGGUUUUAUAUGAGCAUGCCAUUUGGAUUUGUAGUGGGGUUUUGGGGUGUAUUUGGUCCAUUAGCAUUCAACAAGGCUUGGAGAUGGGCUUUCUUUAAGUUUUUGGAUGACAUGAAGAAUAAAUUCUUCAACAGUGUUUGAAAGAGUGAAAAAACGGCAAGACCAUGCGCUCGAAUGUUGGACAAAGAGAAUUGUUGUUUUUAUUCAAUAAAGCAUUGUUAUCCUUUGGUUGUA